AUGACCAGCACGGCAGCGUCCGUAGAGCCCAUUCCUGAGCUCCCACUUGAAGACUACCGGCGAUAUGGACGGCAGAUGAUCCUCGAUGGCUUCGGUCUUCCAGGACAACUUCGGCUACAUAAUGCCUCUGUUGCCGUCGUAGGAGCAGGCGGAUUGGGCUGUCCUGCCCUCCAAUAUCUUGCCGCUGCCGGUGUAGGAACCAUUGGCGUGAUUGACCACGACUCGGUCGAGCUCUCGAACCUCCAGCGUCAGGUGCUGCAUAAUAAGGCGCGGAUCGGAGUGUCCAAGGCAGUCUCGGCGGCCGAGGCGGUCAGACAGAUCAACAGCACCGUCAAGAUCAACCCCGUCGUCGACGCCCUCACCCAGGCGAACGCUCUCGAGCUCUUGGCCCCUUACGACGUCAUCCUGGAUUGCACCGACAACCUGCCCACGCGGUACCUGCUGUCCGACACCGCCGUCCGGUUGGGGAGGCCACUAGUCAGCGGCGCGGCGCAGAGGUUUGAAGGCCAGCUCGCCAUAUACAACCUCCCUCUGAAGGACGACGGCGGAGUCGAGGGCUCGCCGCCGAGAGGGCCGUGCUUCCGGUGCUUGUUCCCCAGCCCGCCCGCGCCAGACAUGGUCGGCUCGUGCGAGGAGCUGGGGGUGCUCGGGGCCGUCACGGGCGUGAUCGGAAACCUGCAGGCUCUCGAGACGAUCAAGCUCCUCACCGGUUUGCACGAGGGCAAGCCGACGCUGCUGAUGUUCAACGCGCUGUCGACGUCGCCGUUCCGCACCGUAAAGCUGCGGAACCAGAGGCUGACGUGCGCGGCCUGCGGUUCCGACUCUGAACGAGUCGGGAAGAUCGAAGACACGGACUACGUCGCCUUUUGCGGUGGCGCGAGGCCGGAUUGGGUGUCAAGGGGACUCAUCGCUGGCCGAGAUGGAGACCGUGUCACACCGAAGGAGCUCCGGGCCUCGCUCGACGACCCGGAGCAGGCGAUAGUCGUGCUGGACGUUCGUCCCCGAACUGAGUUCGGUAUAUGUCAUCUGCCUGGCUCGCUCAAUAUUCCCAUCAAAGAGCUCCUCGCAAACCCGUCGAUUCAUGAGACAUGUUUGAGCACACCGGACAAGACGGUGUAUGUGGUUUGUAGGUUGGGGAAUGAUUCGCAAUUAGCCACGGACGCUCUGAGAGAAGCGGGGCGGACUGGGGCCGUCAAGGACUUGAUCGGCGGGCUGCAGGCGUGGACACGGGAUGUAGACACAAACUUCCCCGUCUAUUGA